AGAUGGAACAUGAAGACGAUUUAGAUAUCGCAACAACUUUAAGAAGUGAAAUAGCAGUUUUACAAUUUACGAGAGAUCGUCUACAAAAUGAGUUGGAAGAAAUGAAAAAUGCAAUGGCUCUACGAGACCAACGAUGCUUGGAAUUGAAGGUAGAGGCUGACCAAUUACGUGAACAAGCAGCCAGACAAAACUCUACCAUAAGCUCUCUAAGGAAACGCAUUUGUGAUUUAGAAGAAAGAGAAAGAAAUCUAAUUAUAUCUCAAACUCGACACGAGUCUACUAUUGAGGCUGCUCAAAAAGAUUUAAGAUACAAUGAAGAAAAAAAUCUAGAGCUUGAAUCAAAAAUAAGAAGACUCGAGUUUGAGGUAAAUUCAAAUGAACAAAAAAAGGAAACACUUAAAAUGCAAUUUCAAGAUUUCGUUAGAAGAUUAUCAAUAGCUCUAGGCGCCGAUUUUGCCGAUUAUGCUCAUGUUUCUCUCGAGCUUUUAAUACAAAAAGCGUCUGAAUUAAUUCAAGAAACAGCAAGACUAAAGAAUCAAGUUCUUAGCAUGAGAGAAACUAUUAAUUCUAUGGAAUUGGAUAUUAAAACAUCUAGGGAAAAUUUUGAACGUUGUUUGGCUGAGAAGGAGAGUUUUCAACGUCAAUGCUCUGCUCAAAAUUUUGAAAUCGAUAAAUUAAGGCAAGAAAAAGAAAGCGCUGAAAUAGAACAUCGGGUGAUGGAACGAGAAAUGAAUGAACUAAGAAAUAGAUUUGCAUUAUCCAGUAGAAAUUUAGAUAAUGCUUCUGAAAAUAUCGUUCAACAUGAAAAUUUGAUAUGUAAAAUGCGAGAUGAAAUCAAAGCUAAAGAUGAAAGAAUGCAACGUUUGUCUGCCGAUCACAAACAUUCUUUAGAAACUUUAGCAAUUCUUCUAAGUAAUCCUUCGCGCUACGUAGAUUCAUUGGAGGCAUCAAUAAAGGAAAGAAUUCAUGAAAUUCUCAAUGAAAACAACGAAAAAACAUCUGAACUGGAAAGGCUCAGAGAUAAACUUAAUUCAGAAAGCCAACAAUUAUCCAGACAAGCUUUAUUAUAUGAACAAGCAACAGCAAAAAUCAGAUGCUUAGAAGACGAAAAAAAUCGAUUCGAAGUAUUAUUGCGCAAAGCAGAUGCAGAUAUUAAUGCCUAUGAUCUUUCUCGAGAAGCAUUAUCGAGGGAUAAAUCUAUAAUGAUGAAUUUCUUGGAUCGUUUAGCAAAGGCUUUAAACUUAGAAGAAAUAUCAAAUGAUGUGGGUGUGGAUUUACAAACAGAAACUUUGCUUUUAAGGGCAGAACAAUUGGCAAGAUUGGAAAAUGAAAAACUAGCAGACAAGACUUCAAUGGUAUAUCAACUACAACGCCGAAUAAGAAACUUAAGGGAACAAGUUCAAAGAAAAGAUUUACAUCUCGAUCUUCUUCGAAGAAAAUUAUCUAUACAAGAGGACAAUAAUAGAGUUAAGUGUAUACUUCAAAAUGAAAGAGACGAAGCAAAUGAUCGAAUUAAAAAGUUAAUCAAACAAAGUGACCGACUUCAACUACAACUUUCUGAAGCUAAAAGUCAGAUAAGAAAUUUGAAUUCGCAGCUAGCUGAGGCAACAGAUUUUAAGAUAAUGUCUUUAGAAAGAGGAAGAAAAAUUGAAGACCUUCAGAAGCGACUGAUCGAAUCUGAGUCUCUACGGAAUAAAUAUAACCGCAAAAUAUCUCUUUUAAAAGAACACGUUCGCACUACUGGAGAAACAAUCGACACGGAAAGGAACAUAAAUGAACAAUCAUUACAAUUUCUUAGAGAUGAAUUAGCUAAAUUUAAACAAAAUUUGUCAGAUGUACAACGAAAAGAAGCUCAAUUACAAAACUUUAAACAUUCCAUAGCUAAAAUUCUUGGAGUAUCAAGCCUUAUACCGGAUUAUGAACUAAUAUCGAGACUCCAGAAACUAGUUGACGCCCAUCAUGAUUUUACGUUAGUUUCGAAAAGAUACGAUGAUCCUAUGUUAAGAUUAGCAUCAAGAAGCCCAACGGGAGGAAGUAGAUGUACAAGAACUCCUGACAGGUCAAGAUACGAUGACUCCGGAUAUAUAGACGGAGUUGAUUUAGAUGUUUAAUUUAUUUGUUAUAAAAUACGUUAGAAUGAAUGAAAAAAUAGUUUAAGUGCAUGAACGUAUUGUAUAGAUAUCUAUAUGUCGCCAUCAAAUGUUC